UCCAUCUUGAUCCCCAUGAAUGAGUCCCCCUCAGUCUCGUCUCCUCCAGCUCCAGAGCCCCGGGCCUGCUCCCCGAUCUCCGCGCCCCGUCUCUCGCCCGGCCUCUCCUCACCAGUACGCGGUCACGCGGCAGCGGGCACAGCGCACUCGGGCCGCGGCCCCGCACAGCUCGCACCGCCCGGGCCCCUCCAGCGCGACCCCGUUGCCAAGGCGACACUUCCGCCGAGGAGACUCCGCCCCCACCCCCGUUGCCAAGGCGACCCUUCUGCCGAGGAGACGCGGCGACGGUUGGGCGUGCUUGGCCGCGCGCUUCCGCCGGAAGUAGGGGCGGCGGGCAUGGCGGAGGCCGGCGGGGCGGAGGAGGCGGCGGAGCGGCGUGUGCGGGCCUGGGCGGCGGGGCAGGCGGCGCGCGGGCGGCGCGUGGCGCUGGUGACGUCGGGCGGGACGCAGGUGCCGCUGGAGGCGCGCGCCGUGCGGUUCCUGGAGAACUUCAGCAGCGGGCGGCGCGGGGCCGCCUCGGCGGAGCGGCUGGUGGCCGCGGGGUACGCCGUGUGCUUCCUGCACCGCGCCCGCUCCGUCUUCCCCUGGGCCAGGGCCCUCCCGCCGCACGGGCCCGCCCUGCUCGACGCCCUCCGCCUCACCCCCGGGCCGCCCCCCGGCGUGGCCGCCGACACCGCCGCCCUGCCCGCGCUGCUGCCCGCUCUCCGCGAAUACCGGCGGGCUACCGAGGAGGGGGCGCUGCUGGCCAUCGAGUUCACCGCGCUGGAGGAGUACCUGGCGCUGCUGCGGGCCGCUGCCCGCGCCCUGGCGCCCCUCGGCUCCAGCGUCAUGUUUUACCUGGCGGCCGCCGUGUCCGAUUUCUACAUCCCCGCCUCGGAGAUGCCCGAGCACAAGAUCCAGUCCUCGGAGGGGCCCCUGCAGAUCACGAUGAAGAUGGUGCCAAAAAUGUUGUCUCCUCUCGUCAAAGAAUGGGCCCCGGAGGCGUUCGUUAUUUCCUUUAAACUGGAGACGGAUCCUUUGAUCUUAAUUCAUAAAUCGCGGCAGGCUCUGGAGAAAUAUCGUCACCAGGUGGUGGUAGCAAAUAUCCUGGAGUCGCGGAGAACCGCGGUUACUAUCGUAACCAAAGACUCGCAGACCCCGUUAGCGCUUUCGGAGGAGGAAAUAGCGCAGGGCAUGGAAAUAGAGGAAAAAAUAGUGAGUUACCUUCAGGGCCAACAUACCGCGUUCAUAGAGAAGAAAGUCUGAGGGAGCGACUCUGAAUGAACCGGGUGAGAUUGUGCUGGAGAGGGAGCGGAACUGGAGCGAUUCUGUCACAGGGGAAUAAAUCAAUCCGCAGCGAGACGCUGUGGGAACGGCUGCCGUCCAAAUCCGUGUCAGCUUGGUGAUGGUUACUGUUGAUUGCUUUGAAAAAUACACUGAAAUGAAACCAUUCCAAAGGAUGGUAUUUGUGUCUAGAGGAGGAAAUGAUAUAUUGAUUUAUUUCUGGGAGAAUUGGGUGGUGGACAAAUAAUAUAUAUAUAUAUGUCUAUAUAUAAAAGAUUUUCCUGAA